AUGGUCGGGAGCAGCCCCAUCUUCAGGCUGCCGACCAGGUGGAGCGAACAGGACCGCCAUCCGUAUCUGAGCGUGUCUGCUGAUGGGAGGGACUUGACGUACAACGGUUCGCCCUUUCGCGGUGCCAACCUCGACAACGCGGCUUUAGCUCGCACGAACCACCCUAUACCUCCCGCGUGCGGCAUCUAUUACUACGAAAUAGAGCUCCUUGGCAAGUCCCAGAAAGCCCAUGUCAGCAUAGGCUUUACAUCGAGCGACAACCGCCUCAACAAGCUUCCAGGCUGGGACAAGAACUCCUGGGGAUACCACGGCGAUGAUGGUUGCUCGUUCUCGGCCGAGAAGGCGGGGAACGCUUACGGCGAGACGUUCGGAGGUGGGGAUACCGUCGGCGCCGGCAUCGAUUUCAGUCAGAAUCGCGCCUUCUUCACCAAGAACGGGAACCUGAUCGGCAUGGUAUUCGAGCACGUCGCGGAGGACAUCGAGAUCUAUCCCUCGGUCGGACUUCGUCACACGCACGAGGCCAUCCGCGUUAACUUCGGGCACGAGCCCUUUAAAUACGACAUCGACGACCACGUGCAGCAGCAGCGCGACGCGAUCUGGGCGCGCAUCCAGCAGACGAGCGUCGACUGGCGCGCGCUCGAGCCCGGGCGCACCGCCGCCGCCGCCGCGAUCCCCGCCGCGCCGCUCGAGGAGCGGGAGAAGGGCGCGGGCCGCGCGGCGGCGGAGGACGACCAGGGGCGCGAGGAGGCUGGGCGGCUGGUGCUGAGCUACCUCGUGCACCACGGGUACGCGAAGACCGCGCACGCGUUCGAGACGCAGCUCGCGCGCACGGCCGCCGUACGCAGGCAGGCGGAGGAGCCCCUGCGCCCCGCCGCUGCACCGGCCGCGCGCGGCUCGAGCACGCGCGAGGCGCUCGAGCAGCGGCUCGCGAUCGUGCACGCCGUGCAGCGCGGCGACAUGGACACCGCGCUGUGGGCCGCCGAGGCGCGCUUCCCGGAGGUGCUCGCGCGCGAGCAGGGGCUCGUGCUGCUCAAGCUGCGCUGCCGCAAGUUCGUCGAGCUCGUGAACGAGGCGGCGGAGAUGAAGCGCCGCGUCGGCGUCGUGGCCGCCGCCUCUGCCGCUGCCACUGGCGCCGGCGCUGAUGGCGCUGGAGGGGGCGACGGGAUGAACGCGGAGGACGGCGUGGAGGAGGGUGCUAACGAGGAGAUGGAGGUCGACGACGGGUACGCCACAGCCACAGCCGCGGCGGCGACGGCGCCGGCGACGAAGGGCGCGGCGGAGGCGGCGCUGCGGGACGCGAUCACGUAUGGGCAGGCGCUGCAGAAGGACUACCGCCGGGACGCGCGGCGGGAGGUGCAGACGUACCUCGACCGCACGUUCAGCGUCGUCGCGUACCACUUCCCGCUCGAGGCGGGCGGCGCGGUGGGCGCGUGGGCGGGGCAGGAGGCGCGCGACGCGCUCGCGGCGGAGAUCAACCAGGCCAUCCUCGAGUCGCAGGGGUGGCCGGCGCGCCCCGCGCUCGAGCGCGUGUACCGCCAGACGGCCGCGAGCCUCGUGCAGCUCGGCUACAUGGGCAUCGGCGCGGCCGUCUUCGCGGACCUGCAGCGCGAGCUGCUCGACGGCUGA